AUGUUCCACGAGCCCUUCGUGCUGUUUGGCUAUCUGGCAGGAAUCACGACGUCCAUUGAGCUGGUGACGGCGGUGCUCAUCCUCGGUCAGCGGCAGACGGCGCUUGUGGCCAAGCAGGCGGCCCAGUGCGACGUGCUCAGUAACGGCAGGCUGCGCCUCGGCGUGGGCGUCGGCUGGAACCACGUGGAGUACGAGGCCCUGGGUGAGGACUUCCACACCCGCGGCGCCCGGCAGUCAGAGCAGAUCGAGUUCAGAUUCGGGUUCGAGACAGAGGCCAAAGGCGUAGGGCCGCGCUAUAACGUCGCGCCCACGCAGCAGGUACUGACCGUCGUCAACGACGGCGAAAAGCGUGGCGAGAUGAUGCGUUGGGGCUUGGUGCCGUCUUGGGCCAAGGACAUCAAGAUCGGCAACCGGAUGAUCAACGCCAUAUCGGGCGAGCCUAUGGCCCUUGCCGGGUUGUGGGAAACUUGGAAGUCCCCUGAUGACGAGUGGAUAUGCUCCUGCACAAUCCUUACAACGGCGGCCAACUCGUUCAUUGAGCCUGUGCACAACAGGAUGCCGGUCAUACUGUCGACAGAGACCGUACCACUCUGGUUGGACCCGCUGACCGAAACGCCAGACAACCUGCAGCCGUUGCUUCUGCCGGCACCGUCGGAGUUACUUGAUUUCCGCGAGGUAUCGCCAACGGUCAACAAUGUCCGAAACGACAACCCAGGCUGCAUAGAACCGGCCAUACCCACUGAAGAGGUGCGGCUGUUCAGGUAG